AUGCAAUUCGCCCAGGACCGUAACGGCAGGUUUAUGUGUCCCAACUGUAACUCCUCCUACAAGCAGAAAGGCCACUUGGUCAGGCAUAUCAAGUACGAGUGCGGGGUGGAGCCGAAAUUCCAGUGCCAGGUCUGUUACAGGAGGUUCAAGCACAAGAGCAACCUCAAAGCGCACUACAUCUUCCUCCAUAAGACAGUUUUCAACUGCAUCAAGUGCGGCAAGACGUACACGCUGUAUGGGAUGUUGCAGAAGCACCGGAUGAUCUCGAUAUGUGGGCCCGUUCGAAAAGUGAAGUGCUUCUCCUCCUACACCAUCGAACCGUUGGGACCGCUGCCCUCCGGAUCGUACGGGUGUGUAGCGUGCGGAAAAUUCUACAAACACUGCAGUGGUCUCACCAGACACGUAAAGGAAUGCGGGCGGGAAAAAUCUCUCAAGUGCGCGUUCUGCUCGCACAGAACGCACCGGCGCGACAGUCUGAAGUCGCACAUGUUGAUGAAACACAACGCGUCCCUGCGGCUGAAUCAGCCGUCGUUGUCUUGUCCCAAGUGCGGCAACACCUUUACGCGAUUGGACAACCUGAGGAGACACGUCAAAUUCAUCUGCGGCGUCAAACCCCAGUUCAAGUGUAGCUAUUGCCCGUACGCGUCGAAGCACAAGUAUGUGUUGGCAUUGCACAUCAAGAGCAGGCACGGGGACUACCUGAAAUCCGAGCGCUAUUGA